CUAUCUUUGCGGUUAGGGACGGAUGUGACCCGGAGCUCCGCUAGAGAAUUGGCUUGCUGUUAUUAAACAAUUUUGGUAGGAAUAAAUACUAGAAUAAAUAAUAGACGAGUGCCUGUGUUGAUUCCUGCAUCCACCCAACGAGCACCUCGGAACUCCACAAAGGGAUAAGACUUUAUUAGUCAAUUGGUCAUUUAAAAAGAGGGGAUAUUUUCUGCCUUCAGUAGGUGACCCCGAUGUUGGGGGAGCAGGAAUGGUAUUAACACCUUGUUUGUGAUCGCAAAGGUCAGUUGGGACACCACCUCCUGAGUUGCUGGCGACGCAUUGAUAGUUCUCUCCACUUUCCACGCCAACGGCCGCUAUGAAAAGGUAAGCGGAAGCCCUUGAAGUUCUGCAUUUUGACGAUGCUAAAUUAAGGUGUGGAUUGUGGUAGAUCAAUUGGUGUUAAGGAGGUUCUGGGUUUGCACCGCCGAAGACUGGCGUUCGCCCGGACGUGGGGGUUUGUGACGUUUUGGUACACGUAGGGGAGUUUUGGGGCCCUCUAAAAGCGAUUGGAUUCCUCGCUCGAUCUGACUCAGCCCUCGGUGAAAUUGUUUGACUAUGACUACUGUUGAGGAGAAGUUCACAGAAAUUUUGUCUCAAGUCUUGGGUAAUCUGAAGGAGAAAGAUAAGAAAGGGGAGAAGGAAAAGUUGCGGAAGGAAUGGGUUAAGUUGCAAAAGAAAAACAGUAAGUUGCAAAGAAAGGAAGUGACGUGGAGUCAGAUAAGUGAUGAGUUGUUUCAUGAAGAGAAAGAAUUAUGGGGACAGAUAGAAAAGGAGAAGAGAGCAAUGAAAGAGGUAAAUUGGAGGGAGAAAAGAAUAGCAAAGAAACGGCUUGAAAAAGUAGAAGAAACGAGACGUCGUGUGCAUUUUUUGGCAAUGGAAGCCUCAGUGUUAGCGAAAAUCCGGGAGGGGCGAAACCCUGUUACCAGCGUGAGUAUGCCUGUAAACGCUGGAACCCGGAAGUCGCGGGACUGAUUCAGGAAGCUCCAGAUAUGAACCAGACGGAACACAGAUUCAUCCGUCGCUACGCAGAGGUAGGUGGUGCGGUGACGGGGCCCACUCCAACACAUCAAACUCCAGGGUUCAACAAUACAAAAAUUAAUGAUAGGGAUCUUUUAGGGGAGGUGUUGGCAACACCCUCACAUUUCGGUGACAGGCCAACCUGUCCACCAACUGGUCAAAAGGCAGCACCCACAUGGCCAUCGCUAUUUAAUCUGGAUGAUGCCGCUGGUGUUACCAAUGAGGCUCAUACUAUUACUGAUAGUGACACUGAUGAUAGGACUGACAUAACGGAAGCGCGACGUGAUCGUAUGGACAUUGAAAAGGCAGAAGUGGCAGAUAAAAAAAAGGGCGUUGACGUUCACAAUAAGUAUGAAUUGAGAUCCAAACCCAAAAAAUCUUCCAUACAAAUGCCUCUGCGUGACCUGGGCGGGGGUUGGCAUUACGAGCCCAUGGGAGUUCGUGACAUGCAGGCGCUGGUGGACAGAUUACCUAAUUUAAACAGAGGGGCCCAGGGGUGGAUUUCGGAUUUUAUAGCCUUAAUGGCGGGGCAAAGAGUGGCUGUGAGCGAUUUCCGCGCUGCACUGCGCGGGUGUUGUUCCUUUCACGAUGCCAAAAAAAUCGAGGAAGCCGCACAGCUGACUGCUGUGGGAGAUGAGGAGCCGUUUAGGCCUAUUGCUAGCGCAGCAUUCAGUGCACUGAGAGAGCUAUUUCCUCAGGGGGAGACAGGCAGUCCUGUGUUACUAUCUGAAUACACCGAAAAGAUUGACCCAACAGAUUUUUACACUGAAUGUGUAGAAAGAUGGACUUCCACCACAGGUCGUCACCCUUCCAAUACACCUGAUGCCACUCAACUAUUUAGAGCUUCACUGAUUCGCGCCCUACCAGAGGAGGUGCGCAAUGAAUUGGAAAAAGAUCCAGAUUUGUUAGACGAUGACGACGCCAGAUUUAGACGACAUGUCGUUCAUGCGUUGAAGCUGUAUGUGAAACACCUCAGAGAAAAGAAGGCUAACAACUCUGAAAUGGAACAACAGUUGUUAAAGCUCAAUUUGAACAGAGCACGAGAAGAGGCUAAACGGGCCAAACAAAAGAAAAAAGGCAAGGAUAACUUGAUGGUGCUGACUGGGCAGUCUCGUGGAGCUGGCCGUGGGCGUGGCUGGGGAGGAGUUGGACAAACCCGGGUUGGAAUGCGAAGGGGACGGAGUGGAUGCUUCAGAUGCGGAGCCACUGACCACUUGGUGGUGAACUGUCCAUACCCACCCUUGGGCAUGAUGCAUCCUGGACAUAUCCUAAACGUACAGGGGCCACAAGGGGCUCUUCCAAGCCAAGCCCAGAGGCAGCAGGAUCCACCUCAACUCAGCCUGUCAACCAGAAACACCCUACCACCCUGGCAGUACAAGAGCUGGAUGGGGAGCGUACAACAAUGCCCAGCCCAACCAGCUGUGUACCCCCUGGGGAAGGGGCAUGGACAAUAGGAGUGCCCAGGAGAGGCCAAGGAGGGGGGACUGGCAGAACCCCUUCUUGAAGUGACGGUAGAUGGGACCCAGGUGCGGAUGCAAGUGGACACUGGGGCAACAGAUUCUUCAAUCAACUUCAAUCAAUCGUUUUUGUCACUGACUACAAACAGAGUGACCCUCAUGGGCUUCUCUGGGUCUCCCACAAUACUGUUAUGGCCGAUAUCGCUUCAAGUCCAGCUGCUGGGACUUUCGUCACGUUCCGCGGACACCAAUAAACUUGUUAGGAAGAGACCUGGUCACCAAAACCAGAGCCAUCCUACUGUGCACAACACAAGGGGUGGAAACUGCUCUUCCUGGGGCUCGCCCCAAACUAUGUGGGGUGGAGGGGGGUGACCAUGGGGUGUAGUUGAUGGCGCCUGUGCCCACAGACCCGUACAUUGAUAAUUACUGGGCAGAACUGGCACCUGAAACAACUAAAAAGAGUGGAAUUCUCUCCUUCCUAAUCUGAAAACCCUGGGUCCAGAGACUCCAACCUUUUGCUACGUCUCUCGACCCGCUCCACUGCACUCUCCUUUAUGAUAGAAAUCAUGAUGAUAUGCACAGAGAGACGUUUGAUGAAGUUGAAGUCAGCAAUCCAGUGCUCUGCCAUUUAUAUUGGAAAGCAAGGCAUCACUGCUAAAUGUGACCGGACUCACACACAGCUUCAAUGGUAUAGGAUGAACACAGAAGGGGCACCCCAAAGCCCACGGGUUAAUUGAAAGCAUGCCCGCCACGCUCUGGUCCCAGGGGCCAGAGGAUGCGGGCUUCUGCACAACCACCCUGCCCAUUAUGUUUAAAGUCAAAUCAGAUACACUUGAUUGGGUCGCACAAUAUCCCGACAAACUGGCAUCAAUGAAGGGCAUUGAGGGCACAUUGGUGGGGACGUGGAAGGCUGGUGUAAACGACCCAUCAUCCUUGCCUUUCUACACAAAUUUGCUACCGGUAUUGAAAGCUAACAAAAAUUACAGAAUCACAUACGACUUUCGCAAAAUCUACACAAGCACCACCACUGGCUGCCUGUCAGUGCCUGACCCACAGUUUGCCAUAAACCUAACAUCAAAAUUAUGAUUAGUUUUUUUGUUCAUGCUUUUUUCUGUCUGACAAUAACCAAGGAGGGUCGACAAUAUUUUGCAUUCACACAAAGACAAUUACAAUACAUACGUUUGCCACAAGGGUUCAAGCUCGACCAUGGACUUUUCAAUCAGGUCCUGAUAACGCACUUGGUUGACCUCAACAUACCAAAUAGUGCUCUAAUGGUGCAGUGAUUGGAUGACAUCCUUCCUGGGGCGUGUCAUUGCUGCCGCGAGGGCCAUAAUGUGCACUCAACACAGAAUGUCACUUUUGCGAAAUUUGGGCAAAGUCUUGGAGUGGACUCCGGAGACUCGCAGCCACCCCCCACCUUGCCUCACUUGACUACAAUACACCUAUCCAUCUUGACGUCCUGACGUGUCAAUUAACCUAACGGUCGCAAUUCACAUUUUAAUCCAAAAACCAGAUGGUUGACAACCAGUGCUAAUGUACACGAAUGUGUUACUUGACAUGAUGAUUCCAAACAACCGUCAUGCACUGCUAAUGCAGCCACUUUGGCCACCAGCCCACAAAAAGUGGGCCAUCUGGUGAUGGGCUUCCCGCUCGUCAUUUUGACGGAACACUCAGUGACAUAAUUUGUUGCGUCAACGUUCGUCAUGUCAAUUAAGCCAAGAUCGCUUGAUCACCUUGCUGACAGCAAAACACAUGACAUAUGGAAGAUAUGGAAUCAACACGGCUGAUUCUAACUUUAAUAAAUGUGAACCCCAUUGCUGUGAAAUGCAUGUCUCUCAGGAACUACUGUGUCUGACCAGAUUUGCAGAUCUCUCCUCUACAGGAUGACAGCAUUCUUUUCACGGACUGUUGGCGGACCUCUGGGACGUCCCUCCGUGUGGGACGAGCGGGUGGGAACUACUUGAGAGACCAGGGUUAUCUGAACAACUAGUCCCGACUUCACUGAUGGCGCUGAAGGAAUGGGGUCAAAAUACAAAAAGUCCUGCCUAGCUACAAAAACAGAUAUGCUCAAACCUCAUUGAAUAAAGUACAUAAGCAGACAAGUACUAUAUUCACAUAUUAAAGCAACAAAAGAAAUAUUUUAAGCAUAUAAUUAUACCUACACAUCAAAUCAAUAAAGAAGACAUAACCAGACAUUUUUGAUACGUAGGUGGUAAUGACAAAGGUUUUUAUAACUUUAUGAUCUGAUAUAUAUUUCUGAGCACAAUGAAAUAACAAAUGUUUUUUGAUAUAUUGCCUGAAUAGCUUAAUGACCCUUAAGGAACUGUUUAACGCAUGCCUGAUGAUUCUCUAAAUCACGGACACUGCCAAAGUCGUCUAAAGAUUUUCAGUACUUGAUUGUAUCUUAUGUUUUGACUAGUGCUAGACGCCAGUUUUCGAUUACUACUGAACGUUCUGGACAGAGGGAAAUAUUUUGGCUAACAAAGAAAAGAUAUGGUUGGAAGCAUGAUUAAAUUAAAAAUAUGAUGACGUAAGCAAGUACAUGGAGUAUCAAAAGAACAAACAAACAAAAACAUGGUAGGUGGUGAGUACAAACUUUGCAUAGUCAGGGAACAUUAAUAAAUUGAUGAUGUCCCAGCCAAAAGCUCACAUAAUUCCGUACAAAAUGACAAAAUUGAAAGAAUCACGAAUGGAUGAAGUGCGACAAUGUAUGUGCAAGAAUGGAGCAGACUGUUUCCAGGAAGGUCACUUGGAGAUAAAACCAGCAGGUGCCAGAGGGAGACAGCCAAGAACCCGGCCAAAGAUGAUCGCCAAGGCCGAAAGACGGGAUGGAAGACAACAGCCCCCACGCACACCGAAUCGCCCAUAAUCAGCACCCACCCCCACGGAACCAGCUCUCACCGAACCAGCACCCACUCCCAUGGAAUCAAAAUCUCCUGCGAACUUGCCCCACCCCAAAGACUCAUCACCCAUCAAACUCGGCCCACACCGGCAUGUGCAACUGAAUAUAAGCUGAUCAGAGAACCUUGAACGUUGCCUUUUCGGAAUGGAGACUUUCUGCUCUUGAGCAUGGUCGCACGAAGGGCCCAGCGCUGUAUUGUACUUUCCUGAAAACAGAGCUUUCCUAACAAGAAUUGUGAUUGAACUCAA